AUGGAGGAGGAAGGAGACUAUGCCUCAGUCAAACAGGCUCUAGAGGUAGGGAUGAAGGGACGAGAGGAAAGGAGGAGGGAGGAAGGAGACUACGCCUCAGUCAAACAGGCUCUAGAGGUAGGGAUGAAGGGACGAGAGGAAAGGAGGAGGGAGGAAGGAAGGGAGGGGAUGGAGGAGGAAGGAGACUAUGCCUCAGUCAAACAGGCUCUAGAGGUAGGGAUGAAGGGACGAGAGGAAAGGAGGAGGGAGGAAGGAGACUACGCCUCAGUCAAACAGGCUCUAGAGGUAGGGAUGAAGGGACGAGAGGAAAGGAGGAGGGAGGAAGGAGACUACGCCUCAGUCAAACAGGCUCUAGAGGUAGGGAUGAAGGGACGAGAGGAAAGGAGGGGGGAGGAAGGAAGGGAGGGGAUGGAGGAGGAAGGAGACUAUGCCUCAGUCAAACAGGCUCUAGAGGUAGUGAGGCAGGGACGAGAGGAAAGGAGGAGGGAGGAAGGAGACUACGCCUCAGUCAAACAGGCUCUAGAGGUAGGGAUGAAGGGACGAGAGGAAAGGAGGAGGGAGGAAGGAGACUACGCCUCAGUCAAACAGGCUCUAGAGGUAGGGAUGAAGGAACGAGAGGAAAGGAGGAGGGAGGAAGGAGACUAUGCCUCAGUCAAACAGGCUCUAGAGGAGGCAGAGAUCUACUUCCGGAUCAACAUUAACUGUAUAGACCCGUUGGGCCGCACAGCUCUGCUGAUCGCUAUUGAGAAUGAGAACCUCGAGAUUAUAGAACUGCUGCUCAGCUAUAACGUGUACAUCGGUGAUGCUCUCCUACACGCCAUCCGUAAAGAGGUGGUGGGGGCCGUGGAAAUGCUGCUCAACCACAAGAAGCCCAGCGGGGAGAAACAGGUUCCUCCCAUCCUAUUGGACAAGCAGUUCUCUAACUUUACUCCUGACAUCACACCCAUCAUCCUGGCAGCUCACACCAACAACUAUGAGAUCAUCAAACUGCUGGUGCAGAAGGGGGUGUCCAUGCCCCAGCCACAUGAGGUGCGCUGUAACUGCAUGGAGUGCGUGUCCAGCUCUGAUGUGGAUAGUCUGCGUCACUCCCGCUCACGUCUCAACAUCUACAAGGCCCUGGCCAGCCCAUCACUCCUGGCCCUCUCCAGUGAAGACCCUUUCCUCACAGCCUUCCAGCUUUCCUGGGAACUCCAGGAACUCAGCAAGGUGGAGAAUGAGUUUAUGUCGGAGUAUGAAGAGUUAUCUCAGCAGUGUAAACAGUUUGCCAAGGACCUGUUGGACCAAACCAGAAGUUCUAGAGAACUAGAGCUGAUCCUGAACUACAGAGAUGACAUCAACCCUCUACUGGAUGAGAACACCAACGAUCUGGCCAGACUCAAACUGGCUAUCAAAUACACACAGAAAGAGUUUGUAGCCCAGCCUAACUGUCAGCAGCUGCUUGCAUCUCGUUGGUACGAUGAGUUCCCUGGGUGGAGGCGUCGUCACUGGGCAGUGAAGUUCCUAACCUGUGUCUUCAUCGGCCUCCUCUUCCCCCUCUUAUCCUUCUGCUACCUGGUCUCUCCUAAGAGCCGCUAUGGACACUUCAUCAGGCAACCCUUCAUCAAGUUUAUCUGCCACACAACGUCGUAUCUUACCUUCCUGUUCCUCCUGCUGCUGGCCUCCCAGCACAUCGUCUCUACAGACCCUAACAGACAGGGGCCGCCUCCUACUGUGGUGGAAUGGAUGAUACUACCCUGGGUACUGGGCUUCAUCUGGGCAGAGAUUAAACAGAUGUGGGAUGGAGGGUUCCAGGACUACAUCCAUGACUGGUGGAACCUCAUGGACUUUGUUAUGAACUCUCUGUACCUGGCUACCAUCUCUUUGAAGUUCGUUGCCUAUGUCAAGUACAGUGGCUUCAGGGCCAGAAAUGAAUGGCAGAUGUGGCAUCCUACCCUGGUAGCAGAGGCUGUGUUUGCCAUCGCUAACAUCUUCAGCUCCAUCCGCCUCAUCUCUCUGUUUACAGCUAACUCACACCUGGGACCUCUACAGAUCUCUCUGGGCAGGAUGCUGCUGGACAUCCUUAAGUUCCUGUUUAUCUACUGCCUGGUGCUCCUGGCCUUCGCUAACGGGCUCAACCAGCUCUACUUCUACUACGAGACAGACGAGGGACUGAAGGGAUGCAAGGGCAUCCGCUGCGCAACACAGAACAACGCUUUCUCAACGUUGUUUGAGACGCUCCAGUCGUUGUUCUGGUCUAUCUUUGGGUUGAUCAGUCUGUAUGUGACCAACGUGGAGGCAGACCACCAGUUCACAGAGUUUGUAGGGGCCACCAUGUUUGGAACCUAUAAUGUCAUCUCUCUGGUGGUUCUACUCAACAUGCUGAUCGCCAUGAUGAACAACUCCUACCAACACAUCGCUGAUCAUGCAGACAUUGAGUGGAAGUUUGCAAGAACCAAGUUGUGGAUGAGUUACUUUGAAGAGGGGGGGACUCUGCCUUCUCCAUUCAACAUCAUCCCUAGCCCCAAGUCAAUCUGGUACUUCAUCUGCUGGAUCAAGAAACACAUCUUCAAGAUCACCAGGGCCAAGAAAACAGAAACAUUUGGAUCCAUAGGGAGACGGGCUGCCUUAAACGUAAGAACAAACCACCAGUAUCAGGAGGUUUUGAGGAACCUGGUGAAGAGAUAUGUAGCAGCCAUGAUCAGAGAUGCCAAGACAGAGGAAGGACUGACUGAGGAGAACUUUAAGGAGCUGAAGCAGGACAUCUCCAGCUUUAGGUAUGAGGUCCUGGGGAUGAUGAAGGGGAAGGUGGGGCCCGGGGGUGGGGGCGUGGCUCUAGCAGAAAGUAAACCCAGUGAAGAUGCAGGGGCCUCCAUUCUGGUCUACCCUGACCACUCCUUCAAGUACUCCCCCAAGUUUUCCCCAGCCACGCCGAAGACCAACAUGUUUCCCGACACCACAUCCAUACUCCAGCAGAGGGCAGCCCUCUCCUCCACCUCCUCCACAUCCCCUUCCACCUCUCAGGGCUUGAACCGACUGGUCAACGGCUCUGUGGUACCCUCUUGGGCCUCCACUGACACCUCCUCCAGCCCCACCUCCUCCACUCCCAUCUCCUCUUCCUCCUCCACUCCCAUCUCCUCUUCCUCCUCCACUCCCAUCCAUGCCUCCACCAAAGACAGGCUGGCCAGGAAAGACUUUCCCAAAGUUAUCUGUGACUUUGGGCUCUACUCUGUGUCUGAGGAGAUGGGAGAAGUUGACCUGGAGGAGCUGGACUGUGAUGGAGAGAAGGAGGAGCAGGGUGGAGCGAGGGAGAGGACGUGUACAGAGAAGGAAGACAAUGAAGGGAGGGGAGAGUGAAGAGAGAAGGAGGAGCAGGGUGGAGCGAGGGAGAGGACGUGUACAGAGAAGGAAGAAAAUUAAGAGAGGGGAGAGUGAAGAGAGAGAGUCCACGUUAAAACAGACGGUUGAGGAUGAGAUGUAGAAGGACUUAUUUUAAUGUAUCAUUAUGAUGCGUCUUCUUGGAGGCCUGUGUAGUAGCUCGCCUUGCUUCUCCAGAACCAAUUCAGCUCUCAGACUAAUAUAUUCUGGUCUAUAAGACAGAAUGUAUAAGCUGGAAAACAGGAGACAAGAAGUCUGUUUCUUGGUCUGUGUCCCAAAUAGCACCCUAUUCUCUAUAUAGUGCACUGCAUUUGACCAGGGGACAAAAGGGCUCUGGCCAAAAGUUGCGCACUGUGUAGGGAAUAGGAUGUCAUGUGGAACAAGCAGAUAAGACGUCAUUCUCCGACCAGGAUUUCUGAAAAACCUGGGAAUUUGGGGAAAGUUACUGGAGUUUUGCCAACCUAUACUGUACGUGAUAGAACUAUCAGUAUUUUAUUAACAGACCCUGUCUCUGCUACUUCUCCCAGUCAGCCCCCUGCUAUUUGCAAAACAAUCCUUUGCCAUAAUGUAUAAUGGAAAACGCUAAUAAAUCUUGCAGGUAGAUCUAUACAAUGUCACACAUUGGCAAAUAAGUAGUUGGAUGAUGCUGUCUAGUCUAUUAUCUCGGGUGUUUCCCAAAAGGCACCUUAUUCCCUAUAUAGUGCACUACUUUUGACCAGAGUCCUAUGGGGCAACACCUGGAGUAGUAUGCAGGUGUUCGCAGCGCUACUCCUGAUGCUCGCAGGGCUACUCCUGAUGCUCGCAGGGCUACUCCUGAUGCUUGCAGGGCUACUCCUGAUGCUUGCAGCGCUACUCCUGAUGCUCGCAGGGCUACUCCUGAUGCUUGCAGCGCUACUCCUGAUGCUCACAGGGCUACUCCUGAUGCUCGCAGGGCUACUCCUGAUGCUCGCAGGGCUACUCCUGAUGCUUGCAGCGCUACUCCUGAUGCUCACAGGGCUACUCCUGAUGCUCGCAGCGCUACUCCUGAUGCUCGCAGCGCUACUCCUGAUGCUCGCAGCGCUACUCCUGAUGUUCGCAGCGCUACUCCUGAUGCUUGCAGGGCUACUCCUGAUGCUCGCAGGGCUACUCCUGAUGCUCGCAGCGCUACUCCUGAUGCUCGCAGCGCUACUCCUGAUGCUCACAGGGCUACUCCUGAUGCUCACAGGGCUACUCCUGAUGCUCACAGGGCUACUCCUGAUGCUCGCAGGGCUACUCCUGAUGCUCGCAGGGCUACUCCUGAUGCUCGCAGCGCUACUCCUGAUGCUCGCAGCGCUACUCCUGAUGCUCACAGGGCUACUCCUGAUGCUCACAGGGCUACUCCUGAUGCUCACAGGGCUACUCCUGAUGCUCGCAGGGCUACUCCUGAUGCUCGCAGGGCUACUCCUGAUGCUUGCAGGGCUACUCCUGAUGCUUGCAGCGCUACUCCUGAUGCUUGCAGCGCUACUCCUGAUGCUCGCAGGGCUACUCCUGAUGCUUGCAGCGCUACUCCUGAUGCUUGCAGGGCUACUCCUGAUGCUUGCAGGGCUACUCCUGAUGCUCGCAGGGCUACUCCUGAUGCUUGCAGGGCUACUCCUGAUGCUCGCAGCGCUACUCCUGAUGCUCGCAGCGCUACUCCUGAUGCUUGCAGCGCUACUCCUGCCCCCCUCCAACCAAGCCUUCACAUGCCCUGUCUGCCACUGCAGCUGGAAAUCCAGGAUUGGGCUCCACUAUCACCAGAAGACCAGAAGUAGGGCCUACAGAAGAUUGGUUUUCUAUGCAAGCGAGUAAGACCUUUAGAAGCAACGUUUUCUUUCAAGUGAAAUCCCACAAGAGAUGCUAUACUGUACAUGUAGGGGAGAGUGGGGUAAGUUGAGCCCCGCUUGUUUCUUGGGAACCAUACACCAAAUUAAUAAUUGGACCAAAUGUUUAGGAAGAGGUAAUUUUAUGGAUUCUGUGAAGGAAAUUGGGAAAAUUAGUGAGCAAAAAUGGAUUUUCACCAAGUCAAAUAAAUGUAUUGUGUUAGAGGUUUCAUGAUGCUUGUAUCUAAACAAAAGUAGAUAAUUUUAAGAUUGUUCUAUACAUCAGUUUAGGUUAUAUGCUGCAAUAUGAAGUCCUAAACCUAGCAUGAAAGUACAUCCUAGUAGCUGUGUUGGCUAAUAUGUCAAAAUGUUUGCCUUGGUGUAGGUUGACCUAAUGGCAAGUUGAGCAAAUUGAAAUGUUUUCUUCCCAGGCCUAUUGCAAGGCAUUAUCGCUGUGAUAGGCCAGUCCCUGUUGUUACCUCCUAUGUUAAUAGUGCUUUAAAAUGUACAUUGCUUUUAAGGUGUUAAGCCUCUGUUAAAAGAUGCUUAAACUUAUUUAAAGACAAAAAAGUGAUUUUAAUUGUGUUAAAGAUAGACAUGGUGUCACGCCCUGGUCUUAGUAUUUUGUGUUUUCUUUAUUAUUUUGGUCAGGCCAGGGUGUGACAUGGGUUUAUUAUGUGGUGUGUUUUGUCUUGGGUUUUUUGUAGGUGUCGGGAUUGUGAAUUAGUUGGGUUAUCUAGAAAAGUCUCUGGUUGCCUGAAGUGGUUCUCAAUCAGAGGCAGGUGUUUAUCGUUGUCUCUGAUUGGGAACCAUAUUUAGGCAGCCAUAUUCUUUGAGUGUUUGGUGGGUGAUUGUUCCUGUUCCUGUGUUAGUUUGCACCAGUUUAGGCUGUUUCGGUUUUCACGUUACGUUUAUUGUUUUUGUAUUGAUUCGUGUUUCCUUUGUUUCAUUAAAACAUGAAUCUAAAUAGCCA